CGAGGGGGCGGAGCUUGCGUCCAGUUACCUACCUCGGCGUAGCUCUGUGACGUUUGUUUGGCGAAGUGUUAAACGCAUUUAAGCCUCGUAAAAUAUUUAGCAAAUAAUUCAGAUUUGUAAGAUGAACAGCAUUAUUAGAUCGACAGCUCGGUGUCUUCGAGCGGGCGCAUGGCAGUACAGAACAGCGCAGAAUAAUGAAGAGCUGCUGUCUGGUUGGGCCCGCCUCAUGUGCUCCUCCUCAGCGGCCCAGAAGACUCUGGAGGAGAUGGUGAAGAAGGACAAAGUGGUGGUCUUCAUUAAAGGCACCCCCGCACAGCCCAUGUGCGGCUUCAGCAACGCCGUCGUCCAGAUCCUCAGAAUGCACGGGGUCGACAACUAUGCUGCUUAUAAUGUGCUGGACGAUCAGGACAUCCGAGAAGGAAUAAAGACUUUCUCCAACUGGCCGACGAUUCCACAGGUGUUCUUCAACGGUGAGUUUGUCGGCGGCUGCGAUAUUCUUCUUCAGAUGCAUCAGAGUGGAGAUCUGGUAGAGGAACUUCAGAAGCUGGGAAUCAGGUCGGCUCUCUUGGAUCAAGAAAAAGAGUCCAAGUAGGAUGGUCUUUGGGGUGAUUGUCCAUUGUAAACCUCCCAAAGGUUAACUUGACCUGCUGAAGUCCAAACUGUCCUCCAGAUGACUGAAGGAAGUGAUGUCAAACCUCCCGAAUCCAGAAAAAUCACUGUAAAACACUUGACUUAGAAUUUCCGUAUUACACAUGAUGAUUCUAUCGCAGUAUGCUUGUCUUUAUUUCAGAUACUCUAAUGUUAGGCCACCGCAUAUUUAAAAUGUAUUUUCAAAUAUAUUAUUAAAUGUAUUUUAGAUGUAUAUCUUUUUUUUUUUGUCAAUAAAAUAUUUUAAAGCACCCAUUGUUUGAAACUAAAGCUGCUGGUUGUGUCACAUGA